AUGGCUAUCCUCGUCUGCCUCCUGGUCAUCACACCCCUGUGCAUUUACGGGGGUUGGAAGUUCUGGAAGUGGUACGCCAUGCAAGCUAGCUGGCAGGCUUUCCUUACAGACCAGGCACGAAUCCGCACGGGAGGAGGUUCGGUGGUGAACCUGCAGGUCACCGAUCAACGUCAGCUCCCCCAAAAUACUGUCUGA